AUGGCAAAAGAGCAUGUUGUGACUGGUGUGUAUUUUAAUGGAAAGAAAAAUCUUACAAGUAAAACUGAAAGGAAGAGCUCAGAAUUCUACAAAGUCACCACUGAACAAUAUCAGAAAGCUGCUGAAGAGGUGGAAGCAAAGUUCAAGCGGUAUGAGUUUCGUCCUGUCUGUGCUGAUCUGCAGGCCAGAAUUCUCCAGUGUUACCGCCAGAAUUCCCAGCAGACCCUCGGCUGCUCCGCUCUGGCCAGCCAGUACAUGCACUGUGUCCGUCAGGCCAAGCAGAGCAUGCUUGAGAAGGGAGGAUAAAGUCAACUUUUAGAACAAGCAGAACUCCUCAACGUUAAUUCCAGAGGCGGAACAUUUUUUUUUUUUUCCUAGUAAGAAAGUAACCCAUUUAAGGAGAAGACGAUUAAAGAGAAGCACCAAAGAGCAGAUUCAGCUGAAGCAUAUCCCAGUUGAUCAACUGCAGUUUGAAAAGCCAAGGCCUAGAUCAGGUAUCAGCCAGCAAGGACACACUGCAGUGUUAGUCAACUCUGUUCAUGAUGAUUAAAAGAGAAAGGCAGACCUUUCUACCUUUAAAUUUUAACUUCCAAUUCAGCUUUCUCUUCUCACCAAGCUCCAGGGUUGGGUGAAUCUUCAUUCCAGCAGAGCUGGGAUUGGGGGUUGGGAUGGGGGCUGAGGUAAUUGGAGCGGGGCGGGGAGAGGUCACCAAACCUCCAUCUCAGCCCAGCAGUGCUGGGUGCAAUCGUCUAGGCUCUGGUGUUUUGGUUUUCCCUUUUGCUUUUCUCCCUUGACUAUAUAAGAGCUACUUCAUUUUAACUUAUUAUGGUGAUCAUAUAAGUAAGACAAAAAGGAGAGAAAAAUGUACCCUCUUUUACUGGAAUAAUGUUUAUGAUUACAAGUGAAAUAAGGCAUUUUUUAUCAACAUAAAGGCAACCUUGGCUUAUACCACCUCUUCUCGAUCAUGAAUACGGACAUCUUUACUGCACUCACUAUUAAUAAUAAAUAUAUUUUCCGAAGAAGACUGGCAUUGCA